GAAACGGAUAUUUUUAGAAUAACUUUCGUAUGCCAGACAGUGUUUUCAACAUUUCACAAAUGUCCUAAGUGUCUCUUCGGAAAAUGUGCUCACCCAGAGGAAGAUGAGCUUUCAGAUAAGGACUCCGUUGACUGAUGACGAUGUCAGAUUGCCAACCUGCUGCUGGUUCUUAGAUAUGUAGGAGUUAUGAGUAAAAAAUGUGAUCCUAAAAGUUUUGGGGGAUUUUUUUUGAGAAACAGGAAAGAGCGACGUGGUUUAAAAAGCCUUUUUUCCAAAUGGAGACAGAUCUGAGGCUGGAGUCGAGUUUGUGGGUCGGAAAUAAAAGGUACCGGGCGCUACUGACUGGCUGGUAUUUCAACUGGACCGAGGUAGAUAAGAAGAAUCGAGAUAAGAAAACAAUUUCAGUGCCUGUGUCGGAGGUGGUCGGAGUGGAGGAGGGCCGGGUGGAGAUCCUGCCCCAGAAGUCGGUUGAGGACACAGAAAAAGACUUCACAGUUUUUUACGUGAAGCGUAGCAGCAGUGGGGGCUCGUAUGGGUUACUGUGGAGACUGGGCCGGAUCCAGUUCAGCUGCCCCAGUCGAGUCCUCAGAGACCAGUGGACACAACACCUAAGAACUGCUCUCAAAACUCACAGUCCCUCACGGCCACACAGACUGUUGGUGUUUAUCAACCCCUUUGGAGGAAAGAAGAAAGGAAGACAGAUCUACCAUUCUCUGGUUGCCCCUCUGUUUGAGCUGGCUGGUAUCAGCUGUCAUGUAAUAGUAACUGAGCGGGCUAAUCAGGCCAGAGACCACAUCUUGAAGAAAGACCUGACAGGUUUUGACGGUGUGGUGUGUGUGGGUGGGGAUGGCAUGUUCAGCGAAAUACUUCACGGUUUGAUCGGGCGGACACAACAAGAGGCAGGCCUUUGUGAGAAUGAUCCCACUGUCACUUUGCAGCCUUGUCCGCUUCAUAUUGGCAUUAUCCCUGCAGGCUCUACAGACUGUGUGUGUUACGCCACGGUGGGAGUGAUUGACCCUGUUACUUCAGCUUUGCACAUUAUCAUCGGAGACUCUCAGCCUUUGGAUGUGUGCUCAGUACAUCAUGCGGCUGCUCUCGUGCGCUACUCUGUGUCUCUGGUGGGUUAUGGCUUCUAUGGAGACGUACUGGCUGAGAGUGAAAAACACCGCUGGAUGGGACCUCUCAGAUAUGACUAUGCAGGCACAGUGGUGUAUCUGAGCAACAGAAGCUAUGCAGGCAUAGUUCAGUAUCUACCAGCAGACCCGCUGCUCUCCAGCCCUCGAGACAAAACACGCUGCCUCUCAGGGUGCAGUGUGUGCUCCAAAAGCACAGAAAGACUAUUCCCUCACUCUUCAGAUUCAGGCUCUUUGUACAGCUCCCACUUCAGCCAGUUUAGUAGUGACUCAGAAGAAGGUGAGUGGGUGAGUGUGGAGGGCAGGUUCAGGUGUGUGUCUCUCACUUGUAUGUCCAGCUCAUGUCCCAAGAGUCCUCUUGGCCUCUCUCCCUCUGCUCACCUGGCGGAUGGAACGGGGGACCUCAUCUUGGUAUGGGACACUCACCCACUGGGCUUCCUCAAGUUCCUCUACAGGCACACAAGCACACAGGACCAGUUUGACCUGCCUUUUGUGGAGGUCCACCGUGUGAAGGCUGUCCGUUUCUCUCUCCCUGCCGGCAAAGAGGAGGAAGCUUAUGAAGAGAUUGGUGGGACAAAUGAAGAAGACAGACGAUACGUCGAGACUAUAAGCAGAAAUGGAUCUCAGCAACAGCUGGCAGAGAGAAGCACGGGGCAGGAAAUGGCAAACGAGCAGAAAGCAGCAACCCGCUUCCUCUGCGGUCUGUGCUGUAGUAAAGCUCCUGCUGUGUCAGUGUGGAACUGCGAUGGCGAGAUUCUGCCUUUCACCAAUAUAAUCUGCAGGAUUCAUGGCCAGUUGGUGCGUCUGUAUGCCAGGGGCAUCGAAGACGGAGCCGCCAUGCACAGCUGCAGUGAGGAAAAGUGCGAAAGGAGAUGCAUAUCACACAAAUAGUGUCACCCCAGUCUUGAAUGAUGGGAGAAAAGAGACAAUGGAAGGGAUUGUUUUGCAAGGCUAAUUUGUGAAUUGAAAGAAUAUGAACUAUGACAGCCUCACAGUCUGUCAUGGCCAAAGACUUCCUGAUAUUUCAGGUACUGUAACAGGUUUUAACGUUGCAAUGAAAAAAAAAGACUAUUUAUUCCUGGACGUGUGUGUUUGUUGAAUACUGCUUCUUAAAAACACUAUAAAAAGACUUUAACACAAAAAUUAUACUUUACUCUCGUGCAGUUUUUUCUGCAGAAACAACUGAUCUCACCUGAUACUGUUUACAGUGUGUAUGCAGUUUUUGGCCUGUAAACUUUAUUUAUGUUCACUUGAGCUUCCAUAGAAUAUAAUCAUGACCCUGACUCAUUUUAUGCUUUAUUGUUGUCAACAGUAAUUCAGCAAUGCGGUUUAUCUUUGAAACUGAAUUAGGAACAGCAACAACUUCCUUUUCUUGUACUAGUGGCUUAUGAAAUUAUGAAACUUUUAAAACAACU